AUGAGUGAAUUGGCGAAGCAUCUCUGUGGAACGGACGACUGCAAGAAGUCCGCUACACUGCAGUGCCCGGUGUGCCUGAAGAUGGGCAUCCAAGGAUCUUACUUUUGCAGCCAAGAUUGUUUCAAAGGCUCAUGGAAGGAGCACAAAAUCAUUCAUCUCCUUGCUAAGGGAAAGGAAUCGAAUGCAUACAAUCCGUGGCCUUACUAUACGUUCACCGGUAAGUUGAGACCGUUCGAACAAUCACCGCGUCGGCCAGUACCGGCGUCCAUCCCAAGGCCGGACUAUGCCGAUCACAAAGAAGGUCGAUCCAAGUCGGAAGAGGCACUGCGGGGGAAUAACACGAUUAAGAUAUUGGAUGAUGAAGAAAUAGAGGGUAUGCGCGUUGCCUGCAGACUCGGACGCGAGGUUUUGGACGAAGCUGCACGCGUUUGUGGAGUGGGUGUAACGACGGACGAAAUCGAUCGAGCCGUACAUGAGGCAUGCAUCGAGCGAGAAUGCUACCCAAGUCCGAUGAACUACUACAACUUCCCGAAGUCUUGCUGUACUUCGGUCAAUGAGGUGAUUUGCCACGGCAUCCCAGAUCUGCGUCCGCUGGAAGAUGGCGAUCUUUGCAAUGUGGAUGUAACGGUGUACCAUCGUGGUUUUCACGGCGAUUUGAACGAAACGUUUUUUGUCGGUAAUGUAAAGGAGCAGCACAAGAAAUUGGUACAAGUUACCUAUGAAGCGUUGAUGAAGGCGAUUGCUAUCGUGAAACCUGGAGAACGAUAUCGUGAAAUCGGAAAUGUAAUACAGAAGCAUGUGCAUGCCCAUGGAUACAGUGUUGUCAAGAGUUACUGUGGUCAUGGUAUUCACAGAUUGUUCCAUACUGCCCCGAAUGUACCUCAUUAUGCCAAAAAUUCUGCGGUCGGUGUCAUGAAAGCUGGCCAUUGUUUCACGAUUGAGCCCAUGAUUUCGGAGGGUACGUGGCGAGAUGUAUCCUGGCCAGACGACUGGACUGCGGUUACUGCCGAUGGCAUGUUUUCCGCUCAGUUCGAGCAAACACUGCUCGUCACAGAGACAGGUUGCGAUAUUCUAACGAAGCGAAGGAAUGAGACCGGUAAUCCGCAUUUCAUGGAUCACAUGUAA